AUGUGGCUUGCCGUGGGUAUCUUUCUGACAUCCAUCAUUUGGAUCACCGUACAAGGUAAAAUUUGAUGUUCACCGGCGACCAAUUAAAUAUCUCGUUUUCGGAACACGUAUUCGCCUUGUCUUUAGCAUAAUUACGAUAAUUAUAACGGAAGCCUUUUGGAACAGCCAGCUGGCUUAAAAACCUGUCCGUAGAAAAACCUUGUUCGAGCACGUUUUUGUGUUGAAAUCUGCAAAGAAACUGCCUUGUCAUUUUAAAUUCAUAUGCUCAAACGUUUUUCUUGCUAGGCCAAGGUGAAGUUCUGGAAAAUGGACUCCCUGUGAGUUGUGGAAUACCUGCAGGACCACAACCGCCAGCUGACAAACAUGAACGACUAAAGACGGAAUCUAAAAUUCACAGUUGGCCCUGGCACGUAAGUAAGCAGAGAAUUUGUCCUGUACAAUUGUGUACUCGACCUCACUUUCCAAAUGUAUCAGAAUAGUCCACAAAAAUAGGCUCGUCUAGCAUACUCGCGGCCCCUCACAAGCUCAACCUGCUUAAACUAAUUACAAGUUUGUAAACCCUAAAAACGCAACAAGUCCUUAUUUCCAAUAACCGUGUGACAGUCUGGACUAUUGAGGUUGCCCUUAAAUUGGGACGUCUUUCCUGAAAUUUACAGCUCUAGAAAUUGUCAAUUACCGCAAAAUACUGACCACUACUACCCAAUAGCCUCAGUAAAAUAUUAUACAAGUUGGGUUAACAUGUUCAAUAUAGAGGCAUUGCAGUACUUCUUUUUAUGUCAAUAGGUUGGAAUUUACUAUUCUGCAUUUGGGGCAUAUCCAUUUUGUGGAGGAACGCUCAUCGCGCCCUCGUGGGUUGUAACCGCCGCUCAUUGUAUCCUCAUGGCCCUUCAAUGCAAAAACGUUACGCUUGGCAAACCCUUUUCGUUUGACGAUGUUACAGGCCACACUAUGGCCGUUCUUAUAGGAGCUCAUGAUUUCAAAGAGCAGGAUGGUCAAGGUUACAAUGUCCGAGUAAGGCACGUGGUCAUUCAUCCGAAAUUUCCUGUGGAUGGGACAAAAAAAAGCAUCGACAUCGCACUUCUAAAAAUGGAUCGGGAUGUCAACCGAUGUAAGUUUUUACAUUAGUACUUUUGUCAUGAGGUGAAAUAAAUGCAUUCAAUACGAGUCGCACUCAAGUGACCUAACUUCAAGACUGCUCUGCAAAAUUCGGGCAGAAAUAUGACACAUUUUAUGCAAGAACCCUUUUGUUAAAAAGCCUGCAUAACUUUGCACCAUGUGGAGCCUUUUACCCCAAAUUACCGAGUCUUGUAAGUCUUGUAAGUCAAAUGGUAGAUCUAAGGAGGUUGUGAAAUUUAAACGCUGUCCAAAGCUUUGUUAAAACUUGAAUGAUUUGUAUUUAAACCGACUAAUUUAAAACCGGUUUGUUUGCAAAGCGCGCCAUGUGGGAUUUGCAUGCGUGCCCCAAAAAGAAAAAUUCAACAACGGACACACCUGCUAUGUUGCCGGCUGGGGACUGAUUCCUAAUCCUCCAGGCGAACCCUCCUCAAACCAACCACAAAAACUGAUGGAAAAACCGGCAUCAAUCACACAUAUGUCCGGCUGCGAAAGCGCCUUCGCGUCAGUUAACAAAAAAGAGCACAUUUGCACUAUGCAGGGGCCUGUGGUAAGAAGUAAUUUUACGUUACAUAGAAAGGUCACAUAGAACAAAAUGUAUCCUAUGUUUUUUUGCAAAUUUAGACUUCUUGUGUCGGCGACAGUGGGGGUGGAUUGCACUGUCCGGCAAACGAUGGCAGAUGGACAGUCUACGGCGUAGCUUCCUUCGCACCUCCACGUUGCUUCGGAACGUACUACGUGGCUUCAUCAACUGGCCAUGUGUUCGAAUGGAUCAAAAACACCGUUCUAGGCGCCAAUUAAAGAACUCGGAUUGGCCCGCGCAAACGCCUUACGGCGGACUGCGCUAUGCCAAACGUUGUUUCAUCACAAACUAUGUUGCACAUAUUUCUCCGUAUUCUUCAAUAAGUAAAUAUUUCUGACCGGAAAAUGGCAAUAAAAUAAUAAAAUUGAGCUACAGCAUGUUUUAAAUUUGCAAGCGACCAAACACUGACCCCGUUAUAAUAUUUUUUUGCGAAUCGGUAAUCACUGGUAUAGGACAUGCAGUGUUGUGAUUUAUCCACCUCCAAAGGCAGUCACCAAAAUGCUGUUUGAGCCGACCUCGCUUCUCUUCCUAAACAGACUACGGAUUGUGCAGACUUCAUGCUCCAUCACAAUACUGCAGACAAAGGUUUAAAUUAGGAAUGGAUGCGAGAACGAAAUGGAAGGCAUGUAGAAAUGUGGAUGAUGAUUUGAAUGCAUGACAAGUUUCAAAACGCAAUCUGUGUUCACGAACAGAAAGGGGAAACGUCCGACAUAUAAGGUGCUGCUGAUGAUUUGCAAUGUAGUGCUGAAUACUUGAGCAUUUCGGGUGUAAAUUAUCAACUUCGAAAACCGAUAAUUCCUACUGCUAUCGGAGGGUGAGCGUGUCACUUGAAAACACCUGCACUCGCUUACGGAGACAGGGUCCGCGAUCAGACACCGUCUUUGUGGGUAAUCACAAGCGAACAUUCACGACAGCGGUGUGCAUUCGAAACGGGUUUUCGACCGAACUAAUAUCGACUUUACAAACUGGUCAGUAUUCUAUUAUCCAAAACCAACCACUGAUAAAUCCAGCCAUGUUACUUUAACAUUUAUUAUCAGUUGCUUUCUCAUAAUCACCAAAUUGACAAUCGAAUGGGGGAUGGCCAUAAUGAAUUGGUCUACCUUAUAUAGAUCGCUAUGCAAAUGCCUUGGUUUUGGGAAUGUAUAGCAACGUUCACAGGUAGUUGGUUAAGUGUCAGCGAGCAAAAACAUAGAUCAGGUAUAAAGUACUGCUUCCCCUUGUGUCGUAACGCACGAUGGAUUAGGCUAAAGGAAAUGAACUUACAGAAUCAGUGAUUCAUUCCAUUGUAAAUGCCAGCGAUCUGCCAUAAUUUAUGCGCAUAUUAGGUCCUACAGUAAACUCGUAAUGUCCUAUAUUUCGGCAUUUAUUUCGUCACAUUUUGGGCUGGCCCACUUAGGUACAACUCGACAAUGUUUAAUAUACAGAGGGCUUUUAGACUGAUAGUGCUAGUUUAUUGAAGAUUGGGGAAGCUAUGCAAGCUCUCAUUUAAGGCGCUUCCUCGAACGGGACAUGAAUUUUCACCAUACGUUUUACCGCCUCAGGUAUUUUCGUCUGAAAAAAUUAAAGAUGGGAUAGCAACAGUCAAGGUAUACUGAUGAUAACGGUUCGGGUAAUGAGGACGAACCGACUCGCUGGGAGACACGUGAACCGGCUAAAGGUACAUCCGUUCAAUAUCCACCUUCUUGAGAAUAUGUUUCGAAUAAAUUUAAUGUUCUUCAUGCACCUCCCCUAUUCAGUCGGUUUUGCAUAAAGUAAGUCAAAUGUAAAAAGCAUUUGCGGCAAAACUGGACGCAGUUAAUGUCGAGCGAGAAAACACUCACUGAGCAAAGCCUUCAUUCUUACAACUGCAGCCUGAUAACUACAGUAGCGCAUGAUGGAAAAUUGUGGGUGCACGGUGAUAUGCGGAGCAUAGUGCCCCGUGCUAUAGAACGUUAUUCGAAAACGAGGGGUUUCAUGAAGGGAAUUUAAUUCACGAUUUUUUCGCAAACUAACUAGACUACAUCCGUUUUGGUUUCACGCUAGUAUGAUCCAAUCUCAGCAAUAAAACUACUAAUAUUGGACGAAAUCAACAACCGAGUCACUUUCUUAUGUUCCCCCAAGCGUCUACGGAGAAGUUAUUUCUCGUUUUCUAGGAACAUAUUUCGACGCAUUUUUGGCAGUCAAUGAGUCGGCGGACUGCCUUUUCCAGCUAAGCGCAUCAUUAUGGGUCUUGAUGCAUCACUAUUAGUUUGUUUCUACCGUCCUGGGUGUACCUUACUACAACGACUAAGCGCGAGAACAACACUGCGUCAUUGAGGUUGGGAACCAUGUAUUAGCUGCGUAUUUAGGCUGUUCGGUGUCCUUUUAACAAUAUCUACUUCGACAGGCAGCACUCAGUGGUUUGAGAUCCCUUUUUUUCUGGGAUUUACUUAAACACUUAGACAGAUGCUUUCAGGUUAUGAUGUUAAGGCCGAGCAAGCAGACGCAACUAGGAGGCCGUUUUCCAUUCACAAUGAAGUAUUCGAAUUUGAAAACGUCAGCUGAUGUUCUGGCACGAUCAUUGAACUUGCUUUCCAACCAUCUUCUCAAUCCUGACGACAUCAUACUGUCGUUGACCGUUGUUAACUUGUUCAAUUCCAUCCGUUUUUCCCACUUCUGUGCUUCAAUGACAUGUCCUGGGAAGCCUGAGAACUUACCUUGAAUAGCCUAGGCAACAGACAUGUUAUUAAGAAGGAUGACAACUCUCAGAAUCAGUAGUUGUAAAAUCCCAUUUACUUGCAACUUUAGCGCUAAACCACGCGGGACUUGCCUAAGCGAGCACCGACUCCAGAGGCGGAACAAGAAACAAGCAUGCGCAGCCCAUGAACAAAAACCAGGUAGAUGAAAACGGAUGCACAGGAUGCAGAAAUUGACUGUCAUAAUUACGAUAUUUUUAACGGGAGCUCUUUGGAACAACCAGCUUCCUUACAAAUCUGUCCGUAAAAUUAACUUGUCCGAGCUUCUUGUAGUGUUGAAAUCUGCAAAGAAACUGCCUUGUCAUUUUAAAUUCAUAUGCUCAAACGUUUUUCUUGCUAGGCCAAGGUGAAGUUCUGGAAAAUGGACUCCCUGUGA